AGAACAGAACUGAGAGUGAGAAGCAGUGGGGCUGUGUGGGAAUCUUGGAAGUAGAAGGAGAGACAGUUCUGAUGAGCUGGGCUCGGAAGUGUGGUGUACAAGGGGGGGCUGUGAGGCUGACUGAGGAGACAAAGGGAGGAGUCUGGCAGAGGGAGCCAGCAAAGAGCUGGCUUGUGCAUGAGGAAGGCUGAACAGCAGAAUCAGGGUGAGAUCUGAUGGCUGUUUGGGAAGCUGGAAAACAGGAUUUGCUGGGUGAGCUGCCUGGGGACGAUAUAAGGAAGGCUUUUGGAGGUUUCUCUUAGGUGAUUUUCAUCAGUGGAAACUUUGCAUUACACAGAACUCCAUACUGGGGUCGUGCAUCUGAAAACAUCUUCUGAAGAAGGCUUUGGGCUUCACUUUAAGCUUUAAAAGACAAGGGAAGAGUAUGUGCUCAUAAGCAGUUCAUUGUUCUGAAAAAAGGAGGAAUUUUGGAAGACUUCAAAAUGGACAUAUUAUUUAUCUGUUUGGUUUAACAGUAUAAUUGUGAAAUACAGAUUUCCACUUUAGAGACUACGUCACUUUCCUUCCUGUGAGAAUAACAUGAAUCAGAAGGUGUUAGUUUUUCUUCUUCCAAAUUUUGUAUUUGGGAUAUUUCUUUUUGGGUUUUUCUGUAGGAGACAAAAAAACCUAACAGAUGCUUUUCCCAAUCCUACUGAAAAUUGGCUGGCAAUUCAAAAUGGUCGGAAAACCACACUGGCUUCUGUCUGCCUGAAGAAUAACCUUAAUAAACCAAGAAACAAAUUGGAUUCUCAUGUUGCAAACCAGCUCUUUGUGGAGCACAAGCAUAAAUUUAUCUACUGUGAGGUGCCUAAGGUAGGCUGCUCCAACUGGAAGAGAACUAUUUUUCUUCUUCAAUCAGACCUGAAUGCAGAAGCUUCUGAAAUUGAGCAUGACAACAUCCACCAUACCUCACUAAUCAAAAGGCUGGUGUCUUACCCUCCUGCCUUACAAAAGGAAUUCCUAAGCAAUUACACAAAAGUGAUGUUCACCAGACAUCCCUUGGAACGGCUGGUUUCAGCUUACAGAGACAAACUCCUGCACUCUGAACCAUUCUACAGUACCACUAUUGCUAAUGAGAUUAGGGCAAUGUUCAGGAAAAAUAAAAAUUCUCCUGAAAAAGUGAGUUUCCAGGAGUUUGUCAACUUCAUUCUAGCAAAGCCACCACAUACUCUUGACAUUCACUGGAAACCAAUGUUUCUGCUUUGCGAUCCUUGCAACAUUCACUAUGAUAUUGUGGGUAAGUAUGAAACUCUUGGGUUGGACUCUGAGCAUGUUCUGAAGGUCAUUGGUGCACCAGAAAGCCUGCAAUACCCCAGCUUGAAAAGAUACGGCUCAGAGAAACGAACUGAUGGUGAUAUUACCUUAGAGUACCUCAGACAACUGACCUCAGAACAAAUUGAGAAGAUUAAAAAAUUGUACGAAAUGGAUUUCUUUUUGUUCAACUAUACUAUGAAAUAUGGGAAUUACUUUACCCUGAAUGACUAAUGUGGGUUAAGCAAAGAACAGUUUCCUUUGUACAAAACGGAUGGAACGUCCUCACAGGUGCUUGAUAACUGGGCUGGUGACUGCUGCUGAGGUUAUCCUGGAAUUUGUAGAUACAGUUUAUCAUUCUAAGGACCCUUAUAAAAAAUCCCUGUCAUGAUCUCCUGUACCAUACAGACCUUUACCUAUUAAAGUUAUUGUCUUCCUAUUGAUCUUUAACAGCAUAUGUUUGUUUCAUGAAAACUGUUCAUAAAUGAUAGAUUUUGGUCCAUUGGUAAGAGACACGGGGAGGAUGAAGAAUGUUGUAUUUCACAAUGAAUAUUUUAGAACACAAUUUUCAUUUUUUAAUUAGAAAAUUACAUAAGAUGCAAUAAAUAAUCUCCUUGCGAGUUAAACCA